UGUCGCGCUAGGACGAACGCUAAAACGCUAGCAUCGUUCCUUCUUUGUAACAAAAGUAACGUUGAUAGACCUUAAAUAUACAAAAUGGCAAAUAAUAGACUGAAAACAUGAGGAUUCUUAUUUUAUUGGUGUCUAUUUUGUUUGUAUCUCUUGCUAUAAUGUAAGCGAAUGUCGUCAGGCGUUCCAGAUGUUACCAGCUGUGUGUAGCUCCAUGGGGUUAGCUACACAUGACUAUAAAUUCUAACAUUUAUUAUUGUUAUAUAUGUGUGUGUGUGUGUGUGUGUGUAUGUGUGUGUGUAUAAGUUAGAAGAAUGAGCAACAUGAAGGACAAAGCGAGCCUCCGCCAGCAGAGCUCAGAAAACAACUCAGUGAGUAGUAGUGAAUGGGACAUGGCGAACGACGUGUUCGACAACCCAAUGGGAGCGGAACCGAGCUCAAGCGACCCCGUAGAACCCGGCAUGGACACACACCUGCCGCUUCUACCCCAGGACGGGAUGAUACUGGGCCUGGCCGCGGACGAAUAUUCGGCUUCAUCCUAUCUGGACAUCGAACCGAACUACACCGAGAGUGACGGCAACGUGACCGCCAAAAAACGAAUCCGGUCCAACAGUUCCCGGCAUCGGGGUGAGAUCGUCACGGAACUGGGCCCGGAGGAGGUCCGGUGGUUUUACAAAGAGGACAAGCGGACCUGGAAGCCGUUCGUUGGACAUGACUCUUUAAAAAUCGAGACUGCCUAUGUACGGUUCUGUGAGCAGAACCCGGACACUGUCAGACACCAUUGUGAUCCGGUCGAGGCCGAAGGCAAAGACGCUGGGGAGGUCGAGUUAACGGAGAACGUGGUGGAUGCGGGGUCCGGGCCAGAGGAGAGGAGGGAGCACAUCAGUAUGGAUGCAGUGUGUGUGAGAGGAGGACUUUAUGAAGUGGACAUCCGAGACAAGGAAUGCUAUCCCGUUUACUGGAACCAACAAGAGCGUAUUCCUGUGAUGAGGGGCCAGUGGUUCACGGAUGGAACAUGGCUUCCUUUGGAGGAGGAUGAGAGUGACAUGAUAGAGCAGGAGCACCUUGGCCGUUUCCGGGGUCAACAAAUGAGGGAUACCUAUGAAAUGGAGGCAGUGGCCACCACAGUGGACAGCAAAGACGCCAUUCACAGUGUGAAGCUGAGCCGGAGCCACGUGGACUGGCACAGUGUGGACGAGGUGUACCUCUACAGUGACGCCACUACCUCCAAGAUUGCACGAACCGUCACUCAGAAACUGGGCUUUUCUAAAGCUUCGAGCAGCGGGACGCGUCUCCAUAGGGGGUAUGUGGAGGAAGCCGCGCCCGAGGACAUGCCACCUGAAACCACGCACCUUGUGUUUGUGGUGCACGGCAUCGGCCAGAAGAUGGACCAGGGUCGUAUUAUUAGGAACACCAGCAUGAUGAGAGAUGCUGCGAGAAAGAUGGAGGAGAAGCACUUUCCGAAUCGCACCACAGAGCAUGUUGAGUUUCUUCCUGUUGAGUGGCGGUCCAAACUGGCUCUAGAUGGAGACACAGUGGACUCCAUCACUCCUGACAAACUAAGAGGUCUGAGAGACAUGCUAAACAGCAGCGCCAUGGACAUCAUGUACUACACCAGCCCACUCUACAGAGAUGAGAUUACCCGGGGUCUGACUCUGGAGCUGAACCGUCUUUACUCGCUCUUCUGCUCGCGAAAUCCAGACUUCGAGAAGCAUGGAAAGGUGUCCAUCGUGUCCCACUCCUUGGGCUGUGUCAUCACCUUUGACAUCAUGACUGGAUGGGACCCCGUGCGCUUUCAUCAUCUGGAAGUUCCAGACCCAGAAGAAGCCAAGGCCCGCUGGCCCAACGACAAAGAGCGCCACCUUCAGGAGCAGCUCAGACUCACACGCCUCAGGUUGAGGGACCUGGAGGACCAAUUUCAGGGUCUGCAGACCUUGUCUUGUGUAGCAGUCCCAGCUUUAAAGUUCAAGGUGGAGAAUUUCUUCUGCAUGGGCUCCCCUCUGGCAGUGUUCUUGGCAUUACGAGGCAUCCGUCCGGGAAACAAUGGCAUCCAGGACCAUAUACUUCCCACCACAAUCUGCAAUCGCCUCUUCAACAUAUUUCAUCCCACUGACCCUGUGGCAUACAGGUUGGAGCCGCUUGUCUUAAAGCACUACAGUAACAUUGCACCUGUUCAAAUCCACUGGUACAACACCACCAGCCCUGUGCCGUACCAUCAAAUUCGCCCCACGCUGCUUAACUCCACCAAAGAGACAAUAUCCAUAUCGGAUUCAGAUAGUCUUCCCAGCCCCUGCACCUCUCCACCCCAGGCCCGCCGUCACUAUGGAGAGUCCAUCACCAACCUGGGCAAGGCCAGCAUCAUGGGUGCUGCAAGUCUUGGAAAAGGAAUCGGGGGAAUCCUGUUUUCCCGCUUUUCUCGAUCCAGUGGCCAUGUGGGCGGGGUCGAGGAGGAGCCCUCAGAUACAGAGGGCGGAGCCACUGAAGGUGAAAACGCAUCUUCAGGAGAGAAGGCAAUGGUGGGCGAAAGUGAUGAGAAGAAAAAGCAAGUGGAGGAGGAUCACAGGGAGGUAGAGCAGGCCAUGUCGCAAUCCACCUCAGUGGUCAUGGACCACACCUCAUUGGAACUGGAGCGGCGCAUUGAUUUCGAACUACGCGAGGGCUUAGUGGAGAGCCGCUAUUGGUCGGCGGUGACGUCACACACGGCCUAUUGGUGCUCUUAUGACGUGGCGCUCUUCCUCCUCACGUUCAUGUACCGACCUCAAGAGCCUGCUGAGACUGCAGAGGACAACACGGACUCCUCAUAGCACACCAAGGCACAUCCUCUUCAUUCACUUUCUACUAUUGAACAUGUUUUUAUGACACUUACUAUUUCUAAAACGUUAAUGUUACAAUUACGAGUUGAAUCUGUAUUUAUUGUUUGUACAUAGUGGACAAUCACAUGGCAACUUAAAUGACAUUUGAUUUAUUUUAUAUGCGCAUGAUGACGUUAGUGAAUUGAAAAUUGACACCUUUGACAGACCGGAUGAGCUGUUCCCAAAACCUCGCAGCGACUGAGGAUGUGAUGCUCAAACUAUGAACGACUACUUUCAUCACAGUUUACCAGUGAAAUGACUACAAUGGUCACCUGAAUGAUUCCCACAUGGUUUGGAAGAAUGUAAUGUGGUCACAUGACACCAAAAUGGAGGUCUCUGCAUGCAUAAAGCGGACUGAGCAGAGAAAUGGUGAAUAUGAGUCCAACCGCAGCAUCCCACCUGUCAGACAUUCUGCUUUGGAGAUGUUUCUCUGCCAAGGGUACAGGAAGACUUCCCUACAUUGAUGAACGGGGCCAGGUGCCCUAAAAUCUUGGAUGAGAACUCUCUCACCUCAGCCAGAACAUAGUGAUGCUUCUUCCAGAACUGCAGCCAAGACAACAAAGGAGUGGCUCGAGAAGAAGCACAUUAAGAUCCUGGAAUGGCCGAGCCAGUCUCCCUACCUUAAUCCAGGGGUGUCCAAACUUUUUCCAGCAAGGGCCACACAGUGAAUAUUUUGUAAAGCAACACGUGUGAAG